AUGCUCAUCUCAAAACCAUCCGAUGAGAUCUGCUCUCCCUCGAUAACUAUUGGUCCUCCUCAGCUAUUGGAGCGACAGCAUGCCCCCGAGAGGGGUGAGGAGAUCAAGCCUCUGAGGGGAUUCAAAGGAUUUUGGAAUCGUUGGCGUCUUCAGAUCAAACUCUUGAUUGCCCUGCUUUUCCCUAUCUUGCUUGAGGCUCUGGACUACACUGUCGUCGCCAGCGCCCAGCCUCGAAUAGCAUCCUCCUUCAACCGGUUAGACCUUCAAAGUUGGAUCGGAACGAGCUAUAUCCUUACCAGCACCUCUUUCCUCCCUGUGUUCGCGAACCUCAUGAAUAUUUUCGGGCGGUAUGCUGUAAUCCAACUCGCGCUGAGUAUCUUCGCGAUUGGAUCAGCCCUCUCGACCGCGGCUCAAAACAUGCCUAUGCUCUUAGCAGGUCGGGGUAUCUCCGGAGUUGGGGCUGCUGCUCUCUUGACUGUUCGACCCCUCAUUGGUGGACUUCUGGUCUCAGUCUCGUUCCGCUGGAUCUUUGCGAUCAACCUGCCUAUUGCUGUUGCGAGCUCGAUUCUUACGCGCAAAUCAAAUAAGCACAAAUUCCUUGUUCAACUCUCCGAAGUUGAUUGGAUAGGCUCAUUCGUCUUUGUUUCUGCCCUCCUUCUUAUUCUGCUCGGUCUCAACUGGGGAUCGACGCAGGAAUGGAAUCAAGGCAAGGUCAUUGUGACGCUCGUGACUGGAGGCAUGUUGGUUCUUGCAUUUCUCGCCUGGGAGCUCUAUCUUGGACGAUACGAGGUUAUUGUCAACGCAGAUGGAACAAUAAGGUCCUCCCUCAACCCAGACUCUUCAAUUGUAAGCGGGGAACAUGUUCUACCGAAGAAGCCUUCGUGUCUCGUUACCCAUACGGUUCGCAUGUUACCUCUUCACAUCUUCGAGGCGUACAAUGUAGCUGCCAUUUCGAUUGCCUGCUUGGCGGGUGGGAUGUUAAUGUUUGGUUGCCUGUACGUUAUCGCUAUCUAUUUCAACAUCGCUGUUGGUUACUCGAGCGCGAGAGCUGGAACACAACUUGUGUGGUUCAACACCGGUCUUGGUCCCGGUUUCUGCCUAUCCAUGGCCAUUACCCGACGUUUAAAGCAACCUAAAUACGCUGUCGCGUUUGGGCAACUCCUUCAGCCUAUUGGUACCGGGCUAUUGGGAAUGGCGACAGCUAAUAAUUACAUGUCGGAGAUCAUUGUUUUCCAAGUUCUUUGUGGGAUCAGUAUUGGUAUGACGCUCGGGGUUACGGACAUGGUUGCCCAGUUCGCUCUUGCAAGUAAACAUACGAUUCUCGUGGUCACCAUGAACCUCUUCGUGAGCUCAUUCUCAGUCUUCCUCAGAUCAGAUGCAUACUUAGAAGAACGGAUCUUACAGUUCGUAAUGGCAGGAGGAACAAUUGGCCUUGCUCAGCAAUCCGCGGUACUCCAGUCCAAAGUUCGCUCCUACAUUAACUACCUCGAAAGUACGCACCAAAUCUCCCUCUCCGACGCUAUUACCAUCAUGAGCAAUCUGGGCUCUCUCGACCAAGGAAAAGGGUACGGGAUCGACCAACUCCCGUCCCGUCUUAAGUCGUUUGUCCAGGAGGCGUAUGGACAUGGGACAAGCUGGGCCUUCUACUCGAUUAUACCAUGGCUUGCUAUUGGUGCACUCCCAUGCUUGUUCCUGGACGAUGUCCAGGUGCCUGAGGACACUGGCGGAGAUAUAACAACUGAAGAACACAAGAAUGAUGAGUCUCAAGGCGUCAGCGUUGCGCGAGGUGACGAGCAUCGAGCCGAGGUCUCCGAAUACGUCCGGAGCUCGUGGACGUGA